AUGCAUAUAUCAACCCUCCUCCCAUUCCUCCUCUCCCUCCUCUCCCUCCAAACAAACGCCUGCAACCCAACCCGCCGCUCAACAAACGACAACACAACAACAAACCCCUUCACCCUGGGUACAGAUGGGCCCGCCCCGCCCGAAACCCUAGGCUACGCCUUGAACCACAUCGGCCUAAUAACCAACAACCUAACAGCAAUGAAGAACUUCUACGGCUCCAUCCUAGGAAUGCGCCUACUCUUCGACGCAGCUCUAACACCAGAAUACACAGUAACAUACAUGGGCUACGCGCAAGGCGGCCGAAACGGAACAGGAUUCCAAACUGGCACCGAAAUGACCAUGGGCAAGAAUAAUAUGUACGGAUUACUUGAGAUUGUGGAGUUUAGUGUUUCCGAUGAUACUCUGGUGUCUUCGACGCAGCGGACGAAUACGUUCAGUCAUGUUGGGCUUGUUGUUCCUGAUGUUGUUCAGGCGCAGACGUAUCUUGAGGGAAGGGGAGUUGACGUUCUGAAGAGGGUGGGCGUGCCUAUUGAGGCGUUUGAGGGGGCUGUUCCUAAUGCGCUUGGGGUUGGUGGGUUUGCGGGUGUGCAUCUUGAGGCCAAGAGGAGGCUUGUUGAGGCUCAGGGGUUGAUUGGGUGGGAGAAUUUUUUGUUGGUUAGGGAUCCUGAUGGAAAUUUGGUGGAGAUUCAGCAACAGGAUGUUUAG